AUGUUAAUAAUUUAAAUUGCAUAUUUUCAGAUGAAUACAUUUUGCAGUUUUAGGGUCAGGAGCUUUUCUUCAAUUUCUUUUGAUUUCCACUCUAUGGUAUCUGGUGAGAGAAAACAAGCUUGUAUCAAGAGAUUAGAGAAGAUUAAACCCCUGCUACCUGUCCAAGGAGAACUCCUGAAAACCUCGGCAGUUCUAAUUCCAAUUGUAAAUAUCGAGAAUGAACCAGCUUUGCUCUACACUAAAAGAUCAAAAUUUCUCUCCAGUCACAGAGGCCAAGUUAGUUUUCCAGGUGGAAACUCUGACAAAACAGAUACUAGUCCCGUAGAUACAGCAUUGAGAGAAUGUUGGGAGGAGAUAGGAAUACCUCGGGAACAGGUUGAUGUGUGGGGAACCCUACCCUCCCUCUCCAGCACACACAGAGGAGAUCAUGCUACAGUUCCUGUCAUUGGAAUUAUCCAUGAUUUUCAUCCAGAACAACUUAACAUCAAUCACGACGAAGUUGAAGAAGUUUUUUGUGUUAAAUUUUCGAAAUUGUCAGAUCCUGCUGUGUACGGUUACACUCAGUUUCGGCUUGAGGGUGGUCCUGGAUACAGUCUUCCUCUGUACAACUGUACACCUCACCCUGUAUGGGGUUUGACAGCUAUUAUGACAUUCCAGUUUCUUAGAUCCAUCCUACCCUCACAACACUACAAGCACAGGAUUCAUUUCCAGUCUAAUAUUAAAAAACUAUGACAAACAAUUAUUUUAGUAAAAUUUUAUAGAUUUAGUUUAUUUGCAUAUAUUGACCAAGGGUCAGCCUAAACAUAUAUUUAUUUAAUGGACAUUCAAGGAAAAUUGUCAACUUUAUACAACAUCGCCCUUGAAAUUAUUCAUAAAGGAAAUUUAAAAUAGUUAAAUUGUGUGAUAUGUGACAGUUAAUCGUUAAUAUGUAUAUCUUCCGGUGAGUUUAGUUCAGAUAUAUUUUCAUAAAGA